AUGCUACUUUUGCGCGCCUUAGGUUCCAAGACAGGGAAACUUCAGAAGCAGAGGAAGAGCAUACAUCCCCAGUCUCUCGUAAUGGUGGGAGUGUAUUUUAGUGUGAUCUUAAGUUACAACCAAACAUUGACACCAGUUACCAUGCUGUAACUAAUAGAGCCCAACUGUAAAGGGGAGAUGAGCUACAUGGCAAAGAAGUGUGGGGUUCGCUUUCAACCCCCUGCGAUCAUUCUGGUGUAUGAAGAUAAAGAAGCAGGAAAAUCACGUCAGCGCAUUAUGCCUAUCCGAAAUUUCUCGAAAUAUUCAGAUUGUAGCAGGGCAGCAGAACAGCUGAAAAACAACCCCCGCCACAAGGACUACCUAGAUCUUGUCUCCCUAAGGCAGUUGGAAAAAUUGUACAAGCUGUUGAAAGGGCACUUAAAGGGGGAAAGCUUGAAAGUCACCUUGGAAGAGAUUAAGAAGGAAGAAACCAUUGACCCAGAGGAAGACUUAAACAAACUGGAUGACAAAGAGUUGGCCAAAAGGAAACACGUAAUGGAUGAGUUGUUUGAGAAGAACAGAAAGAAGAAAGAUGACCCAGAUUUUGAAUACGAGAUUGAGGUAGAUUUUACAAAGGAUGAACAAGCCGAGUCUUGUGGCUGGGAUGAUGCAUCCGACGAAGGCUUUUGACUGUACAAAUGAUGUGUUCAAAUCGAUAUACCAAUGACAAAAGAAAAAUCACCUUCCAAAGACGACUGUGAACCAUUAUCAGCCGAGGAUAUAUCUGAGCUGCCCUUUUAUUUACUAUUUUUGCUUAGCCUCAGAUAUCUCCUAAACCAAACACUGAAUAUUUCUGUGCAAACUUAUUUUAUACAUAUUUAGCAAACACAUUCUAAGUGUUUUCAAAUACAGUACAAGUACUUUGUUUUCCCAAACUAUGAGUUUAUUCUAGGCUUAAGCAUCAACAAUUUCAUCAGUAAAAGCUUUUAGAGAGGAGUAUAAUGGAAUUGCUCUAAUGAGCUAGCUGCAUCUGCCAUAGAUGCCUUUUUAUACACUACAAAAUCAUAGCACAUAAUUCCCCAUUAUAAGCCUGUUAUAUUUACUGUAUUUCAGCAACAGUUUAAAUCCUAAAGUGCAGAACAAAAAGAAUAUUAAAUAAAAACAAACUGCUAACUGUUCUAGUGUACCACUGCCCACUGUUAUGGAGCAGUGGUUGGGAUCCCUGCAGGUCACAUCCUUCUGACAAUAACAGAAAGUGGUGCAACUUGCUCAUUAAAGGAAAACUAUAGCCUCAGAAUGAAUACUUAACCAACAGAUUUUGUGUUAGGUGGCCUAUUAAAGAACCUUACCAAACUGGAAAACAUAUAUAUUUUUAUACAGAUUUACAUUGUUUGGCGGUAUCGUUUUUCUUUAAGCUGAUAGUUGCCUACAAAUCUGUACUGGUAACAAAAUUGAUAGCAAGGGAGGCAGGCAGCAAAUAAAGGAACAUGUGUGAGAGUCUGUAUUGUAUAUUAAAACUAACUGGAACAGGUCUACUGCUCAACACCCACUUUGAUCUCUUUGCCCCAGACAGAAGUUCCUUCCACAACUGGAAGCAACCUGAAGUAUUAUUUAUGUUGACACGAGGUGCACAAGAAUUUUGAUAUCCACUGAGCAACAUUGUGGGUAUUGUGCAACAAACUAUCACUUAAAAGAACACUAGCAUGGAAACUUAUAAAAAGGGCUCUGGCAUCAUUCAUCCAUAUUACUAUGUAAGAUGCUAACCCCCAUAUCUAAUAAAAGGCACUAAGAUUGCUCAACCAGUAAAUGCUACCUGCCGAUUGGUUGUUAUGGGUUACUGCUCCUGGGCAAACGUAGUGCCUUUCAUUACAUAACCCCAUAAGAGAUCAUUUUUAUUACUACAGCAUUAGCAUGAAAAAGGCUCUCUCGUGAAAGCACAAUACUACAGGAACAGUAAGUCAUAUUGUCUGAAAAAUGUUUUUUCAACUGUCAUUAAGAUAAACAUUUUUACUUCCAUAUAUAUUUUUGUAAUAUUUUUCAUUUUAUUAAAAUUAAAUUGUAUUUUUAUCA